AUGGCGGCUACGACGUCGAUGCAGAAGUCCAAUCGGCUGCGGACAGCCUUCGACGAGAACAAAGGACCCAGUUACGGAAUAUGGCAAAUGUUCCCAGGUUCCAAUGUGUCCAGGGCACUUGCAAGGGCAAAUCCUGACUGGAUCAUGGUUGACUGUGAACACGGCAACAUAGACGACGCUGCAAUGCACGAAGCCGUGCCAGCGAUUGCCGCUUGUGGCGUUUCGCCCAUCGUGCGCAUCCCGGACUUUCAGUCAUGGAUGAUCAAAAGGGCACUGGACAGCGGCGCACACGGCAUCCUGGUGCCGCUCCUCCGGACUGUGGAUGAGGUCAAGCAAGUCGUGGCGGCUGCAAAGUUCCCACCCCAAGGCCGCCGCGGGUUUGGCUCCCCUCUGGCCAUGCAAAACUUCAGCCCGAUGCCGUCAUUCACCGAGUACCUCCAGCAGGCCAAUGACUCCAUCCUCACAAUGGUACAGAUUGAGACCAAGGAAGCCCUGGCCGCAGUGGAGGAGAUCGCGCCCCUGGUUGAUGUUUUGUUCAUUGGCCCCUUCGAUCUGGGCAACAACAUAGGGCACCCUAUCAUCAACGGCGACGUGAAACCCGAACUCAAGGAUGCCAUCUCAAGGAUCCUCAAGGCUGCCAAGAGCGCAGGCAAGAAGUGCGGGAUGUACGCCUCGAGCGGCGAGGAAGCGGGAAAGUACGGUUCCAUGGGAUUCGAUAUGAUCAAUGUUGGCACCGAUGUGACAACCUUGGAGUUUGUAAUGAAGCAAGCGAUGGCUGCUGCCCAAGGUGCUGCCGGCCCGGAGGGGGGGAAAGGGUACGGGUCGUGA